AUGGAUGCAGCAGGAGCAGUAUUUGCAUCCUGCUCACCCGCCUCAGGUGGCCAUGUACCAGUUUGCGGUGAAGGGACAGGAGGCCGAGUAUAUCACCUAACCAGUCCGAGCCUGAGGCUCUUCCGCUGCGUCACCAGGACUCGGAGAAUGCCGUCUGCUAUGACCCGUCCGUCUGGUUGUCGGCUCUUCUGUCGUUGGAGCCGGCUACGGGCCCACCGCCCUCCUAGAGCCUGGGGCCCAUUUCACCGGCCCAGGCUUCCCUGCGGACUUGUCUGCAUGGAGAGUCCGGAGGAGGUGGACGAGUCCAGGCAGCCUGACUAA